CGCCAAGCAAUGCGAAGCGAUGCCAAUCAAUAUCAAGCAAUGCUUUGCAUCGCGUUAGUUCGCGUUAGUUUGGCUCAAGUUGGCUCAAGCCGACUUCACGCCGGCUGACCGUAACAGUACACUCCCUUGAAGCCCGCCAGCCGAGGCUGCGCCCGUCCUCCCAUGCGCCCCGUGGUGGCUGCAGUGCUGCCGGCACUGGCGGCGGCCGUGCUCACCAGGAGACCAGCCGACCAGCAGCCGCAGGUGGACGCGCGGCCUGGCUACGACCGCACUGAGGAUGUGCGCAACGCGACCCAGGUGACGGUGCUGCUGCCCUCGCUCUCCGAGCCGGAGCUCGUCGAGGCGCUCAGGGUCAUGUUCGAGAGGGCCCGCCGGCCUUCGCGCGUCCUCGUCGGCGUGGUGCAGCAGAGCUCCCGGGCGCGGCAGGCCGCGCUGGAGGCGCCGCUGGCCGCCCGCCUCUGCGGCGCGCUGGGGGCGCUGCCGGGCGCGCGGGAGAACGCGCGCCAGUCGCUCGCUGCCUGCGGUGAGGCCCAGCGCGUCCGCAUGUACCACAUGGCCGCGCCGCGGGCCGAGGGCCCCACCGGCAAUCGUGGGCGGCAGCAGAUGCUGCUCGGGGACGCCGACGAGCUCGAGGACUUCUGCAUGCGCAUCGACGCAAGCGCCGUCUUCUCCGAGGGCUGGGACGAGAGGGCCGCGCGGCAGUGGGCCGAGACGGACAACGAGUACGUGGUGCUGCCGCCCGCGGCCUCGGAGGCGCUCCUGGAGACCGGCCAGUCUGCGCCCGUGUGGCCUGGGAACAGCGGCAACAGCUGGGCUCAGGAGGUCGCCGAGCGCGGAUCCGUGCCGGUGAUCGUGCCGGGCGCGGGGCGCGACGACGGUUGCCACAGGCGCUGGCUCUCGGCGUUCCGCGAUCGACUCGAGUUGGUCGUCCAGUCUUCCGCUCUGCCAGUCGACAACGAGCUCGUCGAGCCUCCGCGUCUCCGCCUCCACGUCUCCUCCAUCGGGGGCGUGGGGACCACGGGCAUCAUGCGAGAGCUGAUGCGGCUGCAGCCCCCGAUUGCCACCAAUCAUCGCGGCGACGUGGACAAGGUGAAACACAUCCCGUUCGGUGACCGGAUCCGACAAAGGGCUCCCGAUAAGAUCUUGUACAUUUACGGGGACCCCGUCAAGGCAGUCAUAUCUUUGGACAAGAGAGGUUGGCUGCGCAACCAGGCAUUCAAAGUUCGUAGUGAUAAGUGGCCGAAGAAUGAAUCGGCAGACAAGAACAAUUUGUCGGCGUGGUUAAACGACCCAGGUGGUGAUUUUCUCCAGAUCGAGCGGCAUUUCGGCUCCUUCUACCACCAGUGCGAGUUCCCAGUCGCGUUCCUAUUCAUCAACGAGAAGACGGAGCAUUUGGACGAGCUUGCAGAUUUUCUAGAGACGAACAAGUCCGAGGUUUCCAGAGUUCUUCAACCAUGGAAGGCUGCGAGGAUGGCGAUGGAUUCCUACGAGUUGGUGGAGCCUGACUCCUCGACAUUCGACUACGAUGGGGUCAGGGAUCAAAUCGCGGAUAAACUAAAGGGUGCCAUAUCAAAGUUCAAGGCAUUGCCCGGAUUCAAGACUGUAAUCCCAGGCAAGGAUUGCUAGAAGUAGUAUGUAUGAUCUUCUUGCUCGUCAUCUCACAUCUUAUCGUCAUCACCAUCAUCCUCAUUAUUCUUGUCCUCGUCCCGCUUCCAACCGCCUGGCCGCGCCGUGUUGCUUCCGAGCUAGUCGACAGCCUCGCCGACUAUUUGUAAGCCGUUUCGCUUGCUACUUCUAACAAGGCCGCGCUGCCGCGUACCAUACAAAAAAAAGAACUGAUUUGAGUUGCUUUGGAACUGAAGACCCCUGAUCGGGGUCGCGGUAUUUUUACGCCUAGUGUUCGGUGUACUUUGUUUUAAACAGAUAGCCCCGCUGGUUUGGGGGAGGUCAGUGGUCCGUCUUGGUCUCCCCCGAUUCCUCUCCUUCAAUCCCUCAAUCCGAGGAUUGAGGAAGAAUGAUUCGUCCCGCGCAGUCUCUGGGCUCGCGAGGCGCUGGCAACAAAGGAGAGAUCCGUGCGCGCGUUCCUCUUUUGCGUCUUCGCGCUCGUCAGUCGCAUGGCAAACGGG